GUCUUUUCCACGUUUGCAAACGCCGCGGCGCGCCCAGCUCCGACCCUCGCCGCCCGAGUUCCGCACGCCCUUGCCGGCUCCACGUCGCGCCCCGCGCCCGCCCCUCGCUGCUCUCCUCGACGCCCCUGAUGGCGUUCAGGACCCGGGGCUGGCGACCCCCGCCGCCGCCGCUGCUGCUGCUACUGCUCUGGGUGACGGGGCAGGCGGCGCCGGUGGCAGGCCUGGGCCUCGACACGGAGCUGCAGAUCGAGCGGCGCUUCGUGCCCGACGAGUGCCCGCGCACCGUGCGCAGCGGCGACUUCGUGCGUUACCACUACGUGGGGACAUUCCCCGACGGCCAGAAGUUCGACUCCAGCUAUGACAGAGACUCCACUUUCAACGUGUUUGUGGGGAAAGGACAACUGAUUGCAGGCAUGGACCAAGCUCUGGUUGGGAUGUGUGUAAAUGAGAGGCGUUUUGUGAAGAUCCCCCCAAAGCUUGCCUAUGGAAGUGAAGGAGUUUCUGGUGUGAUCCCCCCAGAUUCAGUUCUUCAUUUUGACGUACUUCUGAUGGAUAUUUGGAAUUCUGAAGAUCAAGUUCAGGUUCACACUUAUUUCACACCUCCCAGUUGCCCUCGGACCAUCCAGGUGUCUGAUUUUGUAAGGUACCACUACAAUGGAACAUUCUUGGAUGGGACACUCUUUGAUUCAAGUCAUAAUCGCAUGAAAACAUAUGACACGUAUGUGGGCAUUGGCUGGCUGAUUCCUGGAAUGGACAAAGGGCUGUUGGGGAUGUGUGUGGGGGAAAAGCGCAUCAUCACCAUACCUCCUUUUCUGGCCUAUGGAGAAGAGGGAGAUGGGAAAGACAUUCCUGGACAGGCAUCUCUGGUGUUUGAUGUUGCAUUACUGGACCUCCAUAACCCCAAGGAUGGCAUUUCCAUUGAGAACAAGGUAGUCCCAGAAAACUGUGAGCGGCGCAGUCAAAGUGGGGACUUUCUCAGGUAUCAUUACAAUGGCACCCUUCUGGAUGGCACCUUCUUUGAUUCCAGCUACUCACGGAACCGCACCUUUGACACAUACAUUGGGCAGGGCUACGUGAUUGCUGGCAUGGAUGAAGGUCUACUUGGUGUUUGCAUCGGAGAGAAGCGGAGGAUUGUGGUCCCACCUCACCUUGGCUAUGGAGAGGAAGGAAGAGGGAAUAUCCCUGGUUCGGCCGUGCUGGUGUUUGACAUCCAUGUGAUUGACUUCCACAACCCUUCUGACUCCAUCAGCAUCACCUCCCACUAUAAGCCUCCUGACUGCUCCGUGCUGAGUAAGAAGGGGGAUUACCUCAAGUAUCACUACAAUGCCUCGCUUCUGGAUGGGACUCUGCUGGAUUCCACGUGGAAUUUAGGCAAGACGUAUAAUAUUGUUUUGGGAUCUGGACAAGUUGUGUUGGGAAUGGAUAUGGGUCUCAGAGAGAUGUGCGUUGGAGAGAAACGGACAGUGAUCAUUCCACCCCACCUGGGCUAUGGGGAGGCAGGUGUGGAUGGAGAAGUGCCCGGCAGCGCUGUCUUGGUGUUUGACAUUGAGCUGCUGGAGCUCGUGGCCGGUCUGCCUGAGGGGUACAUGUUCAUAUGGAACGGUGAGGUGUCCCCCAACCUCUUUGAAGAAAUCGACAAGGAUGGUAACGGAGAAGUCCUCCUUGAAGAGUUCUCAGAGUACAUUCAUGCCCAGGUGGCAUCUGGCAAAGGGAAACUUGCUCCUGGUUUUGAUGCUGAGAUGAUCGUGAAGAAUAUGUUCACCAACCAGGACCGGAAUGGAGAUGGGAAGGUCAUGGCGGAAGAAUUUAAACUCAAAGACCAGGAGGCCAAACAUGAUGAACUCUAAACCUGACUCGGGCCACUUGUGUGACACCAAGCCCCCUGUCAUGGCAGAACGUGAAGUGAGGCGUGAGGGUCUCUCAGAAGGGGGUUGUCCAUAAGCAGUAGAUGGUCACACAGUACUUGGGGCAUGUCAGGGAUGGGUCGAUGCACAUGGUGAGAAUUUUAAGCCACAGGCCAGUGAUACGAAACAAAGUUGAAGUGAGGUGCCUCAGCAGAGGCUGUGUAGAAUAUUGAAACGGCUGCCCUGUCAGCCAUUGUUUUGUGAGCCUUCCGGGUAGUUUUGUUCCUGAAGGAAAAUAGUGUCAUACAGAAGUUACAAUCAUCUUGGUGGGAACAGAAGAGAAAGUGUCCAGGAUAUCCACAUGAAGAGGAUUCAUAUUUUUUUUCUUUAACUAGCUGGUGUUUUAAGUGUUCUCCAGAUGAGCAGAAAGGUGAAGGCCAUGUCCCAGUAGUAUUCCCCGAAAGCCUGUACAGGCUCUGGUAAUGCCCAGCUUCCUGCUACACACACACACACACACACACACACACACACACACAACUUGUACACAUGUGCUUUUAUAGUUAAUCAGGCCCUACCUGUUGUGGUCUUCCAAUUGGCUGGGUUAACUUGGAAGUUAAGAAGAAAAUCAGUGGACCAAACAAAAGGCAUCCUGGACCACGAAUAGAGAAUUGAUUCUGUGUUUGCUAUGCAAGAUUAUCUGCUUCACCCUUUCUUACUCCCAUCUGUCCUCCCUGAAUCUUUCUAUCAGAUAGAUAUGCACAGGGCUGGUGGCUAAGCCAUGCUCCAGAGUCUCUCACUGUGACCAAGAUGGAAAUGUCACCCCAAGAGAUAAAUAAGGUGACCUAUUUCCACUCAUUCGUGUCCUGGAGAGGGAGGUGUCCAAAAGCCCAGGGACCUCUCUCUGUGUAGGGAAACAAGGACACGGUUACCUGCCAGCCUGUGCCCAUGUUAUGCAGUAACCACCUAGCUGCCUUAUGUCAUCUGUUCCCAAGUGGUGACGGCAUCCACCCUGAAGUAACCAAUGAUUUUCCUUUUGAAACUGCUUUAUAUUACUAAUUUAAACUGUUUUGUACUGAUGUAGCCCUGAGAUAGUUCAUGAAAAUGCUGUGCACUCAUCCAAUGGAAUAAAUGUUGGAAAACUCAUUUCGUAUACCAAAAAAUCAAAUUAUAACAUCAGGUUUUGUGGAGUUUUACUUGGAGGCUGAGAGGAUCUCAUGAGAAUACACCUCAAUUAUCCAUUGACAAUCCCCUUAAAUACUCGAGGACUGCCUCUGCAUUUGAAGGAGUAUGAGGCAAAGUAUACGGGGUGUGUCAGUCAGCAUCCUGGUAGGAAACACACCCUCACAUGGGACUUCUGAAGAGAAGCUGCAUAAAGAACUCUACAGGAGAGUAGGGACAGGGCUCAGAGACCUAGUAAGGAUGUCAAGGUAACAUGACAGCGGUUGGGGAGCACCAACAGGAGGCUGUUCUACCCCUCAGGCCUGAAAGGUGAAGAGGAGCCACAGCCAUGCCCAGACUGUAGCUGGUACUACAGCAGAGGAGGGCAGAGACACCCCCUUUUCUGUCCUGUCCCUGGUUCCCACUAGCUGAACCCAACCCAAAGGCCAAAGGAAGAGGAGGCUAGGGGCUGGUAGUAUUAGAGGUCAGCUUUUUGGGGGCACAGAGAAAGAAGGAGAAUGACUACAGGGGUUGGAGUGGGAGCCAAUGGGCGAAUGAUUGGCACAAACAGAGAAAAAUAAAUGUUUUUAAAAGCA